UCGUGUUGUCAAAAGAGCUCAAUACAGUCGAUUGUGAUGUCGAAACAAUAAUUUAAAUGAAAUUAUCAGUUUACGAUACUAUUAAUCAACCGGACCAUGUAAAUUAAACAUGCGAUAAUAAAGGAGUACAGCUUUCAAGUCAUACGUUCCUUGUUAACAGUGCAUUUUUGUUGAAAAUUAACAAAAAGUAGUCAGCAGAAUGGAUGGGACUUGGGUACUGAUUUUACUGGCUCUGGUGAUGCUAGUAGGGUCCUAUGUAGCUGGAAGUAUACCCUUGAACGUGAGCAUGUCCGAGGACAAGCUCCAAAAAGUCACAGUAUUUGGUGCCGGCCUCCUAGUAGGCACAGCCCUAGCAGUGAUCAUUCCGGAAGGCGUCCGAUCUCUGUUCAGUGAGCGAUCAAAUCCUACAGUGGUUACAAAAGACUUUACUGCGGAACCGCCGAGCCAUGAUGAUGAUUUACACUCUGUUAUUGGCAUAUCACUUGUUUUAGGAUUUGUGUUUAUGCUGCUGGUAGACCAAAUGUCAUCAAGGUAUAAUGAUCAAAGCAAUCCCGUUGAGAAGAAUGUCACAGCCACUGUGGGUCUAGUUGUGCAUGCUGCAGCGGACGGUAUAGCUUUGGGCGCGGCUGCAACUACCUCUCACGCCGAUGUGGAGCUGAUAGUGUUCCUGGCUAUCAUGCUACAUAAGGCACCAGCUGCUUUCGGACUGGUGACUUUCCUCCUUCACGCUGGACUUGAGAGGAACAGGAUACGAAAGCAUCUGCUGAUAUUCUCGUGUGCCGCCCCCCUGCUUGCUUUGCUCACGUAUUUCGGUAUCGGCAAUGAGAGCAAACAGACUUUGAGCGAUUUUAAUGCUACAGGAAUAGCAAUGCUCUUCUCAGCGGGCACAUUUUUAUACGUCGCCACAGUCCAUGUACUACCAGAAUUGACCCAUCCCCAAUCCCACACCCAUUCUCUACUCCCCAUGCAAGAUGGGGUUCCCCCAAAGAAAGGUUUUGGGGGACUACUCCUUUCAGAGAUGAUCAUUCUAACUGUAGGAGCUUUAAUGCCACUCUUACUUACAAUGGGUCAUAAGCACUGAUUUGUAAAGCGCCGAUAAUGGGGUAUUUUCUUUUUGAGAAAUAAAAAAAAUAUAGUUCUCAGGUGUGUGACUAGAUGGCGUUGUACCUAGUACGUGAGUGUGUCUUAGCACCGAGCCUUUUGAGCCGAGACACAACAAAUUCAGAUUUCUGGAAAAAUAGUUUUCCAAAUCUCUCGGGACAUUCGGAUAAUAAUCUCACUGACUUCUUUUGUCCUUUUAUUCCAUUUUUUAACACGCUUAUAUUAGCUUCAAUUGUAACUAUGUAUGUAAGAAAAUCUUGGAAUCUUAACUUGACCCACUUCCCGGUCUUCGAUUAGGAUGAAAUUUUGCACACGCUCUGAAUUCUGAUGACAAUACAUGACCAGCGUGUUUUUUAGUUUUAAAACUAUUAUUAUGCCCUUUUUUUAAAUUGUUGAUGAUGAAAACGUUUCGUUAUACGACCUGACAAUUAUAUGACGUUGAUAAGAUAUGACGUUCCGUUCCUCGCAUUCACGUACCUAGGUCAGCGCCAUCUAGUCAUCAGCUAGGAAAAGAAAAUCCAGGAUCCAAGAAAAUCAUUUUGAUGAAAUUUGGAUAAAGUAUAGAUAAGUUUUUUGCGAGCUCGGUGUUGCAUCAAAAUUUGUUUGUGAAUUCGCUUUUGUGAUAGAAAAUUGUAGAUGAAUUUUUUGUAUGUAUAUUGUGUAAUAAUGGUUACUAUUUAAAGUGUUUAAAUUAAUUAUUUUAUGGAUUGUUAGUCGAUUUUUUAAAAUGCCUUAUUUAAAAAAAAAAACUUGAACAGAUUUUGAAAACUACCAUAGAGUAUGAAUCAAAAAAGUGUUACUAUUAUUUUUUUUAUGUUUUCAAAAUCGACUUUUAAUUAAAAUAAAAAGACAAGCAAUAGUUAUUAUUACAUUUAGAAAAAUAAAAUAUCAACAUUUUUAGCAAUAAAAUAAGUAUUAAAAAAUAUUUAAAGUACCUACAAACUAUCAAAAGACAAAUUCUUUCUACAAUAACAGCGUUUUCACACUAGUGGUUUUUCUGCGCGACAAAAAACUAUUGACAACUAUCUAUGACGAACAAUGAUACCCAAAAAUGACAGUUUUUUAUGCCUAGUGUAAAAAAAUUGACGCGCGACUAUAUGCACUAGUGUGAAAAUGCAGUUUCUUAAAUGGUGAAAUUUUAAUUAUAUGCCCCAAAAACUAAAAAUAUAAACAGAUCUUAUGAAACGGACAAAAUUUGUGCGUAUAGUUUCUAAUUAGUGUGUAUUUAGUAAAAUAAUUUUGAAAAAAAAGCAUAAAUCUACCUACUAUUGAUUUCUGACACUUACGCGAAUAUAAGACAUUUAAAUAAAACUACUUUUACAGAUUUUAAACUUUGUAAAGGAUCCGAAACGACGGGCUUAAACAAUAUUAAUAUAACCGCGAUAAAAUCAGUUAAAGUAGUUUUAUUUAAUUGUCUAAUAUUCCCGUAAGUCUACUAUUGUUAUAACGCUGAAAAGUGUGUUUGUUUGAACGCGCUUAUCUUAAGAACUACUGGACAGACAUAUAAAUUCUUUCAAUGAUAAAUAGGCUACCUACACAUAGAAGAUUAUUUUAGGCUGUGUAUUCAAGAUUUUAAGGUUUUUAAAAUAUUUUAUUUUUCUGCUUUAGUUUAAUUUAGAACAAAAUUCAGGUUGAUAAACAUACUUGAUAGGAUCAAUCAGGUUAUUCUUGCAAUACUUAUAUGUUAUUUUUCUACAUAAAUCUAGUUUCUUUUACUUCUAUAAGAAAUGUGAAAAACGACAAAAUAAGCCAAUAUUGUUUUAAGAGACGAAAUAUAAGAAAAUGCUGUGUAAUUUAAAAAAUAAUUUGGGCUCAUAUACAGAAUGUCCCAAAAGAAAAUGAUCAGUUUUAAUAAAAAAAUAUCAUAGAUUGCAAAAAUCAGAUUUUUGAAAAUUGCUUGUUGAAAGACUUUAGACUUAAUUGAUGUAAAAGUCAUGUGCCAACGACGUAUUAAGAAAAAAAAGGAAUUCAUAAUUUUUUUUCAAGGUCAAGGACCAUUUUCGGACUUGAAGCAAAUAUUAUAGAGAAACUGCAUCAAGCUAAUCUACUCUAGUCUGCAUUUUUUUUACAAUCAACAUUGAACCUUAUACUUUAGAUAUAAAGUUGAAAAUGAAUUAAA